GCCCCGCCGCGGGACUGGGGCGGUGCGCUACCUCUGCGGCGUAGGAACCGCCAGCGUUCCGAAGCCGAGGCGAGCAGCCAAAAGGCCGGCGAAGCAGCGCUGGGCUCCCUCGGCGCAGCUGAACCGGGGGCCUCGCCUGCCAGGCCGACGGGUCUGGCCCAGCCUGGCGCCGAGGGGUUCGUGUGCUGUAGAGACGCGGAGGAUCGAGGCGGCGCGGCCUGAGUGAAACUCAAUGGAAAAAGCAUGACAUUUAGAAGCAGAGGACUUAGCUUCAAAUCCCUGCUCCUUCACUUACUAAUUUUGUGAUUUGGAAAUAGCUACUCAAGAUGUUGAUGUUGCAGACUUGGCUAGUGCAAGCCUUGUUUAUUUUCCUCACCACUGAAUCUAUAGGUGAACUUCUAGAUCCAUGUGGUCAUAUCAGUCCUGAAUCUCCAGUUGUACAACUUCAUUCUAAUUUUACUGCGGUUUGUGUGCUAAAGGAAAAAUGUAUGGAUUAUUUUCAUGUAAAUGCGAAUUACAUUUUCUGGAAAACAAACCAUUUUACUAUUCCUAAGGAACAAUAUGCUAUCAUAAACAGAACAGCAUCCAGUGUCACCUUUACAGAUAUAGCUUCAUUAAAUAUUCAGCUCACUUGCAACAUUCUUACAUUUGGACAGCUUGAACAGAAUGUUUAUGGAAUCACAGUAAUUUCAGGCUUGCCCCCAGAAAAACCUGAAAAUUUGAGUUGCAUUGUGAAUGAGGGAAAGAAAAUGAUGUGUCAGUGGGAUCCUGGAAGGGAAACACACUUGGAGACAAACUUCACUUUAAAAUCUGAAUGGGCAACACACAAGUUUCCUGAUUGCAUAGCAAAACGUGACACCCCUACCUCAUGCACUGUUGAUUAUUCUACUGUGUAUUUUGUCAACAUUGAAGUCUGGGUAGAAGCAGAGAAUGCGCUUGGGAAUGUUACAUCAGAUCAUAUCAAUUUUGAUCCUGUAUAUAAAGUGAAGCCCAAUCCACCACAUAAUUUAUCAGUGAUCAACUCAGAGGAACUAUCUAGUAUCUUAAAACUGACAUGGACCAACCCAGGUAUUAAGAGUGUAAUAACGCUAAAAUAUGACAUUCAAUAUAGGACCAAAGAUGCCUCAACCUGGAGCCAGAUUCCUCCUGAAGAUACAGCAUCCACCCGAUCUUCAUUCACUGUCCAGGACCUUAAACCUUUCACAGAAUAUGUGUUUAGGAUUCGCUGUAUGAAGGAAGAUGGUAAGGGAUACUGGAGUGACUGGAGUGAAGAAGCAAGUGGGAUCACCUACGAAGAUAGACCAUCUAAAGCACCAAGCUUUUGGUAUAAAAUAGAUCCAUCCCAUACUCAUGGCUAUAGAACUGUACAACUCAUGUGGAAGACAUUGCCUCCUUUUGAAGCCAAUGGAAAAAUCUUGGAUUAUGAAGUGACUCUCACAAGAUGGAAAUCACGUUUACAAAAUUACACAGUUAAUGACACAAAGCUGACAGUAAAUCUUACAAAUGAUCGCUAUGUAGCAACCCUAACAGCAAGAAAUCUUGUUGGCAAAUCAGAUGCAGCUGUUUUAAGUAUUCCUGCCUGUGACUUUCAAGCUACUCGCCCUGUAAUGGAUCUUAAAGCAUUCCCCAAAGAUAACAUGCUUUGGGUAGAAUGGACUACUCCAAGGGAAUCUGUAAAGAAAUAUGUACUUGAGUGGUGUGUGUUAUCAGAUAAAUCACCCUGUAUCACAGACUGGCAACAAGAAGAUGGUACCGUGCAUCGCACCUAUUUAAGAGGGAACUUAGCAGAGAGCAAAUGCUAUUUGAUAACAGUUACUCCAGUAUAUGCUGAUGGACCAGGAAGUCCUGAAUCCAUAAAGGCAUACCUUAAACAAGCCCCACCUUCCAAAGGACCUACUGUUCGGACAAAAAAAGUAGGGAAAAAUGAAGCGGUCUUAGAGUGGGACCAACUUCCUGUUGAUGUUCAGAAUGGAUUUAUCAGAAAUUACACUAUAUUUUAUAGAACCAUCAUUGGAAAUGAAACCGCUGUGAAUGUGGAUUCUUCCCACACAGAAUAUACAUUGUCCUCUUUGACUAGUGACACAUUGUACAUGGUUCGAAUGGCAGCAUACACAGAUGAAGGUGGGAAGGAUGGUCCAGAAUUCACUUUUACUACACCAAAGUUUGCUCAAGGAGAAAUUGAAGCCAUAGUCGUGCCUGUUUGCUUAGCAUUCCUAUUGACAACUCUUCUGGGAGUGUUGUUCUGCUUUAAUAAGCGAGACCUAAUUAAAAAACACAUCUGGCCUAAUGUUCCAGAUCCUUCAAAGAGUCAUAUUGCCCAGUGGUCACCUCAUACUCCUCCAAGGCACAAUUUUAAUUCAAAAGAUCAAAUGUUCUCAGAUGGCAAUUUCACUGAUGUAAGUGUUGUGGAAAUAGAAGCAAAUGACAAAAAGCCUUUUCCAGAAGAUCUCAAAUCACUGGACCUAUUCAAAAAGGAAAAAAUUAAUACCGAAGGACACAGCAGUGGUAUUGGGGGGUCUUCAUGCAUGUCAUCUUCUAGGCCAAGCAUUUCUAGCAGUGAUGAAAAUGAGUCUUCACAAAACACUUCAAGCACUGUCCAGUAUUCUACUGUGGUACACAGUGGCUACAGACACCAAGUUCCAUCAGUCCAAGUAUUCUCAAGAUCCGAGUCCACCCAGCCCUUGUUAGAUUCGGAGGAGCGGCCAGAAGAUCUUCAAUUAGUAGAUCAUGUAGAUGGUGGUGAUGGCAUUUUGCCCAGGCAACAGUACUUCAAACAGAACUGCAGUCAGCAUGAAUCCAGUCCAGAUAUUUCACAUUUUGAAAGGUCAAAGCAAGUUUCAUCAGUCAAUGAGGAAGAUUUUGUUAGACUUAAACAACAGAUUUCAGAUCAUAUUUCACAAUCCUGUGGAUCUGGGCAAAUGAAAAUGUUUCAGGAAGUUUCUGCAGCAGAUGCUUUUGGUCCAGGUACUGAGGGACAAGUAGAAAGAUUUGAAACAGUUGGGAUGGAGGCUGCGAUUGAUGAAGGAAUGCCUAAAAGUUACUUACCACAGACUGUACGGCAAGGCGGCUACAUGCCCCAGUGAAGGACUAGCGGUUCCUGUUACACUUCGGCAGUACCUGUAAGAGUAAAGCUAAAAUAUUUUAUCUGUGAAUUCACAUUUUAAAAAGUCUUCACUCUGUGAAAAUGAUCAUUUGCCCUUAAGGACAAAAAUGAACUGAACUUUUACAUGAGCUAUUUCCAUUCCAGAAUAUCUGGGAUUCUACUUUAAGCACUACAUAAACUGACUUUAUCCUCAGACUAGCUAAAUAAUUUUGUGCUGUUUCAGGAUGUUUGCACUGAAGAAAAAUAGAAAGCUUACCUGAAAUUUAUAAAGUAAAACUUUUUGUUUUGCUACAUAGAAAACACAAGGUAUUUAAGAAGCCGGAACAUGCUUAGUGAGCACAGCUAUACUGAUUUUGAUUAGAAUAGUCAUCAAAGUGGCUUAGGGACAGUUAAUAUAAAAGAUUGGUCUAGACCUUGCUCCUCUAUCUACUUCAGCUAAAGUAACUUAAAAAGAGGUCCAUAGGCCAAAACUAUAUAAGCCCCAUUUUCAUAAUCUGACCAAAAAUAAAAGGAGUAGCCUCUUGUGUAUAUCAAUGUACACAAUAUUCUGUAGGUCCCUUCCGUUGGUAGUAAUGCUGCCAGUUAUUACUGGAGAAAAGGAAUUCUAGAGCUUUGACUUGGCAGAUUACAUUUUUUAUUCAAUAAUCAGUAAUCUCACUAGUUUUCAAAAAUUUGCUUAUUAUUGACAACUUCUUUAAAGAUCCAUUUUACAAACUCAACCGAGUGCCAUGACAAGAGCUAAGGGUCCCCCAAACUAUCUCAAGCAUUUAAAAAACUGCCAUUUUUAAAGGUUUAAAUUGUUAAUGUUUAUAUAUAAACAUCAUUGACCUUUCUUAAGUCUUCAGAGAAUUGGGUAGAUGAAGUACUUUAUUCAGCAUAUACCUUCAGCUUAAAUUGCGUUUUGAGUAUUUUUUUAUUUUUAAGUAGGCAAAGAUUAAAUUUUUUUUUAGUCAAUGUUUGAAGCAAACUAAGAGGACUUUGGCAGUGUUUACCAAAACAAAACAGAACCCCCAAAAAUGUACAUCUUGAUCUUAGUAAAUAUCCUUAUUGUAGAGACACUUAAUAAAGAGGUGAUAUUUUAAUAUCUGCAAUUCUGAGGUAGGGUGGAACUUAGUUUUACAUUGUGAUUUAGGUAUUUUUUAAACCUUUUUUCUUCAGGGGAGAAGUGGCCCAGGCCUUGAGUUUAGUGCUGAAGCCACUAGUGUGCUUAUGCUGUCCCCUAAUCACCACAUGUGACAUGAAGGCCGAGGCUAACUAUAUGGGCUAAGAAAGUAAGAGGAAAUUAACAAGGAUUAUUAGUGAUUGACUACUGUUAUCAAGUGAAUUCAGAGGAAACAGGUUUUUUAGCCAUAUUUAAGUUACAAAAAACAGGCAGGCUUAGAAUAGUUUCUAGAGGUUAUUGGAGAAUAAAAAGCUAAGAAAACUUGGUAUACAUUUAUAAUUGAAAUAUAAUUACACUUUUUACUCUCAGAAUAUUAUUCACAUUAGACUUCCUGUUUAUCUUUUAUAUUCUUACAUUUAUAUAAUGUCUGAUCCUUUCAAAGUUCUUUCACAUAUAUGAUCUUCUUUAUGAAACAAAGUAGAUGCUUUAUUCCGAUAUAUCCAGUUUCCCACUUCAGGCAAAAGUAGAUUAAUAGAAUGAUGAAUUCAAAGUAGAUGAGGGCAAUCAGGCACAGAAAAGUAUAGGGGGGAUAGAGAGACCCAAAUUCACACAAAAAGAUAAUGGCAUCGCUACCGUUUAAAUUGAUCAUCAAAGGCUGGGCUGGAUUUGUCUUGCUAUGUGUGUCAGGAAAUUUAUACCUUUUCCAUUUUCUUAAAAUAAGUCACGAUUGUAAUGUUCAGCUGCAACUUUUCUCAUAACACAGUGUCAUGAAGAAUAUUGUGGUGUGAAGUUUGUACAUUUCCGGGUCAGUUAUACAGCAUGAACUCAUGAUCCAAGGAAAUGAGAACGGAGGAUCAUUGAAGGCCAUGAUAGAAACAAAUUUGCAUGUUGAAGCCUGUAUAAAACAUGGUACAGUGAGUGAAUGCCCCCAUCCCCAAGAGCACUUUAUAUAUAUUAAAUGGAUAUAUGAUUACUGUGCAAAAAUUCAUUCUGGAAAUGAAUAUAUAUUUUAGCACUAAUAUGUGAUGUACAUUUUCUGCCCUAAGGAGAAAAUAAAUCAUAAAACUUGUUUCACAUUCAAAAUUACUUUCCCGAGCAUGUCCUAGAAUAAUCUAUGUGUUGAUGCAUGUAAAUUGUAUUUUAGAUAGGCAAAUCUGGUUUAUUGAUGUAAAAACUAGUCUAAUAAAGUUAGUGGCUUUAUCACU